GGAGUCCGGUUAGAGAGAGAGAGUGAGAAGCUGUAAGAGAGAGAGAGAGAGCAUUUUCUGACCUAAAAGCUUCUGUCUUUCAGCUUCCUUGUUUGUCUCUGAUUCAUAAAAAACGUCACUUUUCUCAUAGAUUUCAUAUCUGAAAACUGUCCCUGCCAAUGCUUCAGCUAUGGAUCUCUCCUAUUUCAAUCUGGGUAAAGGGUGGUGGUGUUCUGAUCUAGCUUGGUACCAAAUCCAACGCUUAUGAGCCAUAUGCAUGCUGUGCUUGGAUACAGUUCUUUUCAACUUCAAAGCAGAUACAUACAUUCAUAGUUAUUCUUGAGAUUGACCAGAACAAUGUCAUUCCGAAGCAUAGUUCGGGAUGUGAGGGAUAGUAUUGGGAGCUUAUCUAGGCGCAGUUUUGAUGUUAGGCUGACCGGCCAUCAUAGAGGAAAAUCUCAUGGAUCGGUACAGGAUUUGCAUGACCAGCCUCUAGUAAUUCAAAAUAGUCGCUGGGCAAGCUUACCCCCAGAACUACUGUAUGAUGUCAUUAGACGGCUGGAGGAGAGUGAGAACACAUGGCCUGCUCGAAAGCACGUUGUAGCAUGUUCUGCAGUUUGCCAGUCUUGGAGGAGGAUGUGCAAGGAAAUUGUUAAGAGCCCUGAGUUCUGUGGCAAACUUACAUUUCCUGUGUCCCUGAAGCAGCCUGGGCCACGAGAUGGAAUUAUUCAGUGUUUCAUCAAAAGAGAUAAAUCUAAUUCAACAUAUCACCUAUUCCUCUGUCUCAGCCCUGCUUUGUUAGUUGAAAAUGGAAAAUUCCUCCUUUCUGCUAAGAGGAUGCGGAGAACUACAUACACAGAGUAUGUUAUUUCUAUGGAUGCUGACAACAUCUCGAGAUCAAGUAACACAUACAUUGGAAAGCUGCGAUCAAACUUCAUUGGAACGAAAUUCAUUAUAUUCGAUACACAGCCUCCAUAUUCCUCUGCCCAUAUAUGCCCUCCUGAAGGAACUGGGAGAACGAGCCGCAGAUUUUAUUCCAAAAAGGUCUCUCCAAAGGUUCCAUCUGGAAGUUACAACAUAGCUCAGGUAACAUAUGAAUUAAAUGUCCUUGGGACACGGGGCCCAAGGAAGAUGCACUGCAUCAUGCAUUCAAUACCGGCCGCAGCACUUGACGCCGGCGGCAGUGUUCCUGGCCAACCAGAGCUGCUCCCCCGUUCCCUGGAGGACUCAUUUCGGAGCAUCUCAUUUUCCAAGUCUCUAGAUCACUCUAUUGAGUUCAGCAGCUCACGAUUUUCUGAUAUCGGUGGAUCUGUUACCAAUGAGGAUGAUGAUGGCAAGAUAAGACCCUUGGUUCUUAAAAACAAGCCUCCAAGAUGGCAUGAACAAUUACAAUGUUGGUGCCUCAAUUUCCGAGGAAGGGUGACAGUUGCAUCUGUUAAGAACUUUCAGUUGAUUGCCGCCACCCAGCCUGCUGCCGGUGCGCCCACGCCAUCUCAACCGACUCCACCGGAUCACGACAAGAUUAUCCUGCAGUUCGGCAAAGUUGGGAAAGAUAUGUUCACCAUGGAUUACCGGUAUCCCCUAUCAGCAUUCCAAGCUUUUGCAAUAUGCUUGAGCAGCUUUGACACCAAAUUGGCCUGUGAAUAGUUGAAUCAUGAAGAUAUCUCUAAGAAAAAGCUAAUCAAAUUAUCAUUUCUCUUAUUACCAGUGUAUGACACAAUUGUAACUCUAGUGUAUCCCAUUGUAACAUGGUUUUAGAGCAUUUUUAACUUGCUGUGUUUCAUUCCCCAGUUGAUUCAUGCGUGUCAACGCCAUGUUAUCCUUUCUACCAACAGAUUAUUAUCAUUUUAACACAUUUUUAGGUUCUGUUUC